AUGGGCUCGUCUGUCCCCAUUGCCAUCCCCCGUUGGAAGCCCAUCGAAUCCCCAGCCGCCACCCCCGCCGACCCCGGCGCGGUCGGCGCCGCCGGGGCUGGGGCGGCAGCCGGGGCCAAGUUCGUGCCGCCCCACCAGCUGACGCGGCAGGACGACUUCACGUUCAGCUUCAACGGCGCGUCGCCGAGCGGGUGCUUGAAGCGCGAGCGGCUGCGCACCCGCAAUGCGGUGCUCCGCAGCACCGGGUUCCUUGAACCCAAGGAGUCGGGCGGCGCGGACGGCGGCGGCGACGGCAACUCCGUGGGUGGGGUCGCGCACUCGCUGCCCGCGGGCGGCGGCGGCAUGCUGCAUUUCGAGCAGCGGGCGGCGCAGCAGGAGCAGCAGAGGGCGGCGCAGCCGCACAGCUCGCUCACAGCGGCCCUCUCGACCAUCGGGGAGUCUUAA